AUGCUAGGGCUUGUACUCACACUCCAGAAAGUACGUCAUCGCCGUAAUUUAAUUCAGUUUGGGGACAUGAUUAUGUGUGCCACCAACUUGGGGGUAAUUGAUGGGCUGCGUACGUACAAUGGCUAUGGAUGUUACUGUGGAUUGGGAGGUGGAGGCAUACCACUAGAUGACACUGAUACGUGCUGCCAGGUUCACGAUGCGUGUUAUAAUUAUGGCACGUCCGGUUGUUGGUGGCUGAAACAGUACUUUGUCUUGUACGACUAUACCAAAGACAACUGUGGUACAGAUUCCGCUGAAAUUAACUGCAAGACGGUCGACCAAUACGGUGAUGACAAUGAUGCGGCAUGUAAAGCAGCUAUAUGCAAAUGUGAUUCGGACGCCGCCUUGUGUUUUGCCCGGAAUAGGGAUUCACAGGAUGACAAGUAUGAAGACUAUGAUAAAUCGUUAUGCUAA